AUGGCCUCGCCCGCCACCCUAGUGCGCCAGUCGCUGCGGGACGUCGCUGGGAAUACAGACCAGGGGGACUUAUUAUCUGCAGCCGCAGCCUUUUUCAAAUGGCGCCAGGCGGCUCUGAAGGCCAACUUCCGACGUGAACUGGAGGGAAUACUUGAAGAAGUCGCCCAGGAAGAGGAGGCUACCGGCAGAUUGCAGCAACAGCUAAAGCGGACGGAAGAAAGGCUUGACGAGACCGCCCAGGCGCUGUCUAAAGCCACCAGCGACUUCCGUCAGGCGCAGAUCUACAUCGACCAGCUGCGCCUACAAAACGAUGAGCUCUUCCGCGCGCUGGAGGCCGCCGAGGGAUCCUCCAGGGCCCAUUCCGAGCAAGCCCGAGCUGCCGGCCUCAUGCACCAGGAAGAGGUCAAACGCCGCCAGGACGACGCCCGGGUGUCUAAGUUAGAGACCGACUCGCUGCGUGAGCAGUACCAGGCGGCUGUGGCGCAGCAGACGUCCCUCCUGGAGGCGCUGGCGCAGCGGGACAGAGAGGUUGCUGAGGCCAGCCAGGAGCGACUUCACCAUAAAAGGAACGCUGACCGGCUGCAGCAGGAGGAGGUGGAACGGCUGGAGGCUAUCGCUCGUGCGACCGGGGAGCGUGCCGCGGCGGCGGAGGCUCAAGCGGCAGCCCGCUCCGAAACCAUCUCCAAGUUGUACGGCGAGCUCAAUGGUCUGCGAGAGCGGUACCACUUGGAGCUCUCAGAGCUGAAGGCCACCACUCGUUUGUCUUCGGAGCUGGAUGUGGCCCUCACCAACAACACGGACCUGGCGGAGAGGCUGACGGCCGCUGAAGCGGUCAUAUCGCAGCAGCAAGGCCACAUCAGACGUAUCGCUGAGGAGUGUUCCUCCCUGGAGUCCCAGCUCCGUGAGGCCCGGGAGCACCGGGACGCGCAGCACCGCCUCAAUGGGGAGCUGGCCGCCGAGCUGAAGAGGCUGGCGGCGGAGUCGGCACUGAGACCGCUGCUGGUGAUGGAUGCCAAUGGAAAUCUAUCCCCUCCAGAGCCGGCCCCGCCCCCGGCCCCCCCCUCCGCCACCGCCCCCGCUACCUCCCAACUCGAGGCCCAGUCCACUGCCGUACGGGUCAUUCUGGCGGAUAAGGCCUUCGGACUGGGGGCCUUAUGUCAGGCUAUCACGGCACACCCCGGGUCUAUCCAAUCGGUACGUGUCCUGCUGUCCGAGUGCCGGACUCUGGCGGAGGCGCUCAAUGCGGAGGUGGCGGAGGUGGGGGCGCUGCUGGCGGUGAGGCCCUUCGAGGCGGAGGAGCUGUCGCGGAAGCUGCCUGUGUUGCAGGACCGAAUUUCCAAGACGGAGACAUGUCUGGUGGCCGUGCGGGAGGACCUCACACUGAAACAGGUCCACGCGGUGUCGCUCGAGGCCCGCGUGUUAGCCGCGGAGUCCGCUCUGAGGGGAGGCGCCGCACUUCUGCAGGGUUGGAGCGGUAUCCUGGCUCAGGUGGUGGCAGCGGAGGACGGAAGACUGGAACCAGAUGUACGACUGGGGCUCAGGGAGGAACUCAAGGCUCGCGAGGACGCCCUCCACCGCGCGCUGCUGGACCUGGCCGCCACCGCCCCCCCGCUGCUGGGGGGCGACCCCGGCUACGCGGCCGCCCAGGUGGUGAUGCGGGAGGCGGGGAACGCCAUGAUGGACCUGGCGCUGACCCUAGGGGACAGGCUGGUGGACGCCCCCGCCACGCGCACGCGGGUCCUAGCCACCGAGCAGCUGCUCAUGGACCGCGCCGCCCAGCUAGCCCGGUUCAGGGAGGUGCUGGCGGCGGCUCCAGGGGGGAUCGCCGACAUGGUGGAGAGGAUUACGGCGGUCAUACCGGACGUACAGGCCAUAGGGCCCGCGGUGGAGGAGAUGCUACGGUGUGUACGGCACUACCUGGCUGCCGGCAAGGAGCCCGUGGUGGAUGUGGUGGCGCUGCAGGGCGAGGUUCUGAUGCUGCGCGGCCUGGUCCGCACCAAGGACAUGCACAUACAGGCACUGGAGGCCGUGGGAACUGGAAUACGCACCGGCUCGCCCACUCGACGUGUCCAGAAGAUGGUGCCGCUGGAGGCCCUCCACGCGGCAGAGAAGGCUCGCGACACGCUGGCGAGCGAGAAGGCCGCGCUCCAGAACCGUCUGGUCGAUCAGAGGGUGCUCCUGGUGGCGGCGCGGCACCGCCUCGUCAACUACAUGGCCUCGCUGCGUCGCUCCUGCGAGACAGCCGUCGUGUUUUAUCAAUGGCGCGCCACGGCGGCCUGCGUACGGGCCGACCGCUGCCAGGCGGCCAUGGAAGCUGCACAGAAGGAGCAGGCGCGCUCGGAGCAGGAGAUCCAGGAGGAGAGAGAACGCAUGGAGGCGGAGAUGACUGCACUCCGGAGCAGUCACGCCGCAGAGGUUGCAGCGCUGAGCGUGCUGCACACCGCUGAGCUGGCAGCGGUUAAGGCGGCUCAUGCGGUGCAAGUGGAGGCUCUGCGGGAGGCCUACGAGGAGAAUGUACGGCAGCUCAAGGCCAAGGCCCUGGAGUCUCGUGUGGCGGCACUGCACCGCGCCUUCAAGGAGAAGGCAGCUCGUCACAAGGAGUGCCUAGCCACAGCGGUGAUGUACUUGUGGCGCUUCAGGGUCCAAAGACAAGCAUGGCGCUCCUAUGCCUACAUGAAGCGACAAACUCGAAAGAAUUUGGGCGAUCGGCGGCGGCUGGAGAGGGCCUGGCUGGCACUGCGGCUGUGGGCCGCCGGUGCCGCCACACGCAGGGCCCAUGAGGCCAUCGGCGACUACGAGGCAGCCACGGCGGAGGCUCAGGCGGCGAGGGUGGUGGCGGAGGCGGCGCGGGCGACGGCGGACGUGGCGACGGCGGAGGUGGAGGCGGAGCGGGAGCUGCAGCAGCGGAACCUGGCGUUGCUCGGCGUCGACGCUGCCACCGCCACACACGCCUUCGCCUCCGCGCAGGCGGGCAGCAGCAGCAGCGGCAUCCUAGGCGGAUUCGGCUCCGGAACCGGUCCCAACGCUGGUGGCGGUGGCGGUGGUGGUGGCGGUAGAGGAUUUGCAACAGUGGGCACGGACACAGGCCCUGGGCCAGGACCGGACAGUGGCGGCGGCGGCGGCGGUGGCGGCGGCGGAGGAGGUUACUUACUUGUGCCUGGUCAGCGCCCCGAGAAUCCAUUCAUGCUGUACCAACUUCCAACGGUCGAAGUCGGCACCCAGUACCUGCCCAACCCCAACGUGGUGCUGAGCGCUCCCGGGACUCAGACGGGGGCGGCGGCGGAGCACGUGGCGGCGGCGGACGUGGUUGCGGCGGCGCGUGCGGCGGGACUGCAGCCGGGCGCCACCGUCGUGCCGGGGCCCCCGGCCCCCGGGGCCACCAUGGCGAUGUGGGGCAGCUUGGAGGGUCGCGGAGCCAUGCCGCCAGUGGCAGGGCCCAGCCAGGCAGCAAUCAACGCAGCUGCUGCCACGGCAGCAGCAGCGGCGGCGGCGGCGGCGGCUCCGCCCCCUCCGCUGCGACGGGGCCACACCAGCAUCGAUGGCCGGCAGCCGCCGCUGGUGGUGAUGGGGGAACCUACGUCGUUUGGCACGACACGUGCUGCUGCUAGUGGUGGUGGAAGGCUACAGGGAGGGCUGAGAAGCGGCAGCAGCAGCGGCAGACGCGCUCUGUCCAGCGGCCGGACGCCGCCAGCUGGCCGUAGGGAGAGGGGGCCCGGCCGGACAGGCGCCGCCGUACGGCCCAAGGGCCCUCUGUCCUCCGCCGUGGCCUCCCUGGCGGCUCGCGCGCAGCGGCUGACUCGCGCCGUGGACGCCAUCAGCGCCGGAGUGGCGGACACGGCCGCGUUGCUGAGCCCGGGGCGGAAGGUGCUGCAGGUCGGUGGCUCCGAUCCUGUGGGGGAGUCAUCAGGCACUAUCGAGGACAGCUGCGUCGUACGGGAGAUAGACUCCCUGGACGAGCUUCCCGAGCUGCCCGCCGAGAGGCUACCGCUCAGCUCACCCACGCGGCGCGUCCAAGCCGAUGGCAGCCUGGCUGUGCAGUACGGCACGCAGAUCGCGUCCUCAAGUCCCCCGAGGGUUGCCGUACUGGCCGGAGCUCGUCCUCAUCACCUGGACCACACCUCCAGCACUUCCCCCCGCCGGCAAUCCUCACCACCGCGCGACGCACUGCUGACGGCGACCGGCGCCAGCCGGCCCCUGUCCGCAGCCACAGACGCCACCUUGGAUCGCAGCGCCUUUGCCGCCGCAGGCUCGUUUGCGGCGGCGGCGGUGGCGGCUGGUGGUGCAGGAGCGGCGGCUGCGGGAGGCAACGUCAACAGUGUACAGCUGCUGCUGAACGGCCUGCCGGGCCACCGUCUGUCCCGCGAGGACUCAAGGCCGUACGCCCGAGUGGGCAGCCGGCUGCAGGAGGAAACAGUCAGCACCAUGGCCAAGAAGCGCAAGUCCGGGGCAGCAGGGGCUGCAGCAGCCGCAGCCGCAGCUGUAGCAGCUACAACUGCUGCGGCUGCUGCAUCCACAGCCAUUACGGUGCGCGGUCCGACACCCGAGAUGGCGCCGCUGGGUACCACUGCCGCUGAUGGUGGCGGUGCCGGCGGGCCCCACACCGCCGACCCCCUGAGACGCCCAGGCGAGGCCCGACUCGAGCCAUCCGUGCACUUUGGACCCAACAUCGAGAUCCCGCCGCCUGCCGCCGCCUUGCCGCCGCAGGCGCCGGUGGUUGCGGCGCCGCCGGCGCUACCUGUGUCCAUCGCACCGCCGCCGAGCAGGUCGGGUCGGGUGGUACGGUUCGAGCGGAUGACUCCAGGGCCGCUGCCUGGUCCCAUUGAGGUGGCGGUGGAUAAGGCCCUGGAGGGAGAGACCGCGGGGGAGCUGGGCGCGGGUGGUGAACAGUCCCAGGGCUUAGUAACGUACAUACAGCUGCCCUCGCCAGUCAAGGUGAGCAUUCGAAUGCCUGGAUCCUGA